UACUAUAAAUAACUACACUAUUGGGCUGAAUCAAUCGAAGAGCAGAUUGAGAGACCUUUUAGGUUAAAGUGCGAGGCAAACUAUGGAGGCACAGGCUGAACAAUCUGUCGGAGCCGCUUUCUCUAAAAACAAAACUCUCUGGAUCGGAGAUCUGGAGUACUGGAUGACUGAAGUAUUUAUUAGGUGUUGUUAUGGAAAAAAGAAUGAUUUUGUAUCCAUUAAGGUUAUGCGAAAUAAGAAUGGAGAAUCCAAGGGUUAUGGAUUCUUGGAGUUCAGGAGUCAUGAUGCAGCUGCCAGUUUUCUGCAAGCUCACAUUGCAGUCAGUCAGCUUCCAAAUACCAGAAAGCCUUUCACGCUCAACUGGGCAGCUUAUGGAAACACAAACAUGGGAUCAACCUUUGACAUUUUUGUUGGAGGUUUGUCACCUGUUAUUACUUCAGAUAUUCUGGAACAAGUGUUUUCUGCCAAGUACGGAUCUGUUAGAGGAGCGGAGGUGGUGACGGAUAGAUUUACAGGUCUUUCCAGAGGAUUUGGUUUUGUGAGGUUUGAAGAUGGGCUGGAUCAAAUUCGGGCCCUGGAUGAAAUGAACGGCAUUGUAUGUUUUGGUAGAGCCAUUAGGGUUGCUCAAGCUACGGCUAAAAAGAAGAGAUUGGAGACUGCGCGAUUGAGUCUGGACGAAACAUCAAUCGAAUGAUUUCAGUUUGUGACUGAGAUUUUUUUUGGCAAGUUUUAUUUUCAUAAGUUGUUGUUCGAAUCUUCUUCAACUCUUAUUAAAGGACGAUCAUAUGUGAUCCAAAGAUUGUGAUGUGAUUUUUGAUGGAAGUUAAUUAGCCCUAACCAGUUUUUGAUCUUCCUGAUCUUGUGAGUUUUGAUGUUGGGUAUUGGCAGAAAGUUUUUUAUUUUAAUUUAAAAAAUUUCAUCACAGAGCUCCUCUUUGUUGCUGUCAAGUUCUUUAGAAUUUUAGGUUAUGAAAGCCGAAUUAAGCUUCUGUAUUUCGGCUCUGGC